AUGGAUAUUCCUCCCGAAUUCGACUUGCCCCAGCAACAAACAAUAUUGAACGCGCUCAAGAACAUAUGUCGAGACUAUCCUGCUGGAGGUUCUGUUCUCCGAGAACUGUUGCAAAAUGCUGAUGAUGCCCAGGCAUCCGAAGUUAAAUUCAUUCUUGAUGAGAGUAGCUAUGAAAAAGAAAAUCUUCCUCCUAAGCUCGCUCAAUAUCAGGGUCCAGCGCUUCUUGCUUUUAAUAAUGCUGAAUUCAAAAAAGAGCACUUUCAAAGUCUAUCACAAGUGGGGAAUUCGCUCAAGAUGGAAGAUGGAUCCACUACAGGAAAGUUUGGUAGAGGUUUUAAUUCUGUUUAUAACUGGACAGACUCCCCAUCCAUCGUAUCAGGCCAUCUUCUGCAAAUUCUGGACCCUCACCAUGCUUGGUCAAGUGGUGGUAACGGUUACGACUUUGUUAAAUACUCUGAAAACCCCCAGGUCAAAGCUCACAUGGCUGUUUAUCAGUCGUUGAUCAAAAAGCUAGAUCAGCCUUUCUCUGGCACCAUCAUUCGGAUUCCUUUACGUACAGCGGACCAAGCAAGAACUAGCGGGAUAUCUGAUCGCAGUAUUACGGUUUCGGAGAUGGCUCAGGUGCUAGAGACCUUCACGGAAAGCUUCUCAACAGAAGGAUUGGUGUUCAUGAAAUACGUUCUCAAGAUCAGUGUGAUUUCAACAAUGACUGGAGUCAUUGAGAUCGAAGUGAUGAAUUCAAAAUCUGUGCAGCACAACAAAAAUCGAGUCAACAAUGCAAUCGUCAGUAUUCUGGAAAAUCCGGCUCAAGCCUUCGAUUGUACCUUUGAACUGGAAGUGCGCUAUCAGAUUCGACAGGCCAAAACUCACAGACGCUUUCUGCUUCACCACAGCAUACAAGGUAGCUCAAUGACCGAGGAAAUUCGCAAGUGGAGUAAAAACCAGAAACUUGUGCCCUGGAUUGCGGUAGCCAUUCCAUUGCUGGAAGAAGAUAGUUCAAACAUACACGGUUCUUUGUUUCUUGUCAUGCCGUUACCCAUUCCCAUCAACCAGCCGGCUUUCAUUCAUGGCUUAUUCAAUAUCUCACCAGAUCGAGCGCGACUGUACAAAUCACAAGAUUACAGUUCUCAAGAUCAAUUGCCGGCGAAGUGGAAUCAAUGGCUAUUUGACAGCUCGAUUCCACAUGCUUGGACCAAGCUGCUGAGCCACCUCGCUUUAUCGUUCCCCCCAGACCCAUCGUUCAAGUACUGGCCUCAUAAAUUAGAUGAUCCUAACAAUUUAUCGAAGGAUGUGCUCACCCACGUGCUCUCCUUAGUCAGAGACCAGAGUCUACAUGUUUGGCACACGGCGAAUGGCUACGUCAGUGCCGAUUCCGGUCUGUUGGCCAGCGGCAACGAGCCGGAGGAUCUCAAGUUGGCACUGGCAAAUGCGCGCAUUCCAGUUGUCUACCUACCGAAUAAAUUGAGAGAGGAAGCCAAGCAGCUUUUCUUGGGUCUCGAACUGGAACCUCGAACUUUGUGCAAAUACCUGGAUAAUAAAAACCACUUGGUCACUUCCUGGCCACAAGCCACGAGACAACAGAUUCUGGAAUAUCUUCUCCUUACUCUAGGUUCAUUCAAGUAUGGAAAAAACCUAGCAUUGUUUCCAUUUGAAGAUGGCAAAUGUCGUUCAAUUCAUAAUCAUCUUGCGUUUGUGCAUCGCGAUGAGUUUGAGGCAGAAUUAUUUGUUGACGAGCCACAACAUAAUCUCGAUGUGGGACAGUUUUCUCAGUCGAUCUUGCAUAAUCUACAAAAGCGACUGAAAACCUCGCAAUUUCACCCUCGCAUCCGCCAUCGUUCUGCCAGCGAUUUCAGAGAUUAUUCAUUGGCUUUCGUUUUCCGUAAGCUCGGUAUUGAUGCCGACAUGACCGUUCUGGAUAUAGAUCAAAUAUCGUUUGUCGCUAAAACCUGGACCUGGAUACAAAGAAAUUCGGAUAUUUUUAAUGACAGCCUUGCCAAUUUAUGGUUGCUCCCUCUUGCAAAUGGAAAAUAUCGAAAACUCAAACCCCGCAGCUGCUGCGCCCUCAUACCACCGCCUGGAUUACUCGGCGAUAUUGUCCAAAGGCUUGGGAAAGAUGUUACGGCCUACAGUCCGCCAGUAAUUCUUCCGGGUGCCGCAGGCUUGGACGAAGUUCUUUUGGCUUCGUUGAAGAAUACAAAGGCUGGUGCAACAUUGCAAGUUCGUAACGGCGAGAUUUUUCAUUUUCUGUUGCAAUGGUUUGGCCAGUCCCACGUGGCUAUCGAGAAUACCUCUGAUAAAGACAAAAUUGUCAUCAUUGAAUGUGUCGCGAGAGCCUUGGAGAAACACAAUGAAUGGAAGUACACAAAUGACAAUAUGCUAUGCCUGCAGAAACUUCCCAUUUUUCAAGAGUUGGCGUGGGAAACUGACGGAGACCGUUGGUACCCAACAACAACAUGGGUACGCAUCGACGCUUUUAAAUCAACAAUUGGGGUUCUUGAUGGAGCUAUUCCUCUACCCCAAUUCAAAGACUACCAGUUUUUGGACGCGCAGACCACUCCUAUCCGAAAAAUUCUCGGCUAUCAGAAACUUGUGUGCAAAUCGAAAAUCAGACUGCUGGAAGAUCAUGUUAUUCCAGCUUGGAGGGGCCUUCAGAAAUGCACUUGGUCACCAUCAUCCAAGGCGCAAACUGCAGAAUUAAUGCUCCAAUCUUACUAUGAUUUGUCUGCCCAAGCACAAUCGGGUAUGACUAACCUGCCAAUUGUACCUACCCAAUGCAUUGACGGGAGUUCGACUAGUAAGUUCUCUACCGCUUCUGCUCUAAUAGAUCCCGGAAAUGAGUGGCUUAAGAGUGUGUUCUUUAGUGAUGAGGAAGUGCUACCUGCUGAUAAACAAUAUGAGCGAUAUGGUUCAAUUUUUAAGAAAUUCGGAUUAAGGACGAACCUCGAUGAAUUAUUCGUUUACGAGCGAGUCCGUAAAUUUGCAAGUAGUACUCACUCUACCGAAGAUGUUCACAUUCAUGCUAUCAAUCUAUUGAGAACUCCUUGCUCUUGGUCCACGUCAAAAGCAACAGCGACCAAAAACAAGCAAUUUCUUAAUCCCAAAUGGUUACCGGCUACUUUACCCGAUGGAACUACAGCCAUGGUAAGCCCAAAUCAAUGCCGUGGUUUUGAAGAUAAACUACGUGCAGGGCAUAGACUUCCCAUCGUCUCUUUGACUGUGUCUUAUCAUUGGAAAGAUUUGCUUGGUUGGAAUAAGGUUUUACCUGACGAUAUCUUACUUGCCCAACUUGGUGAGGGCAUCAUCAAAGACGAUGACGCCGUCGUCAACUCUGUGCUUACCUAUAUCAAAGAUAAUUUCCGGAUCAAUGCUGUUUCCGAAGAACUGAAACACCUUCGAUGUGUUCUCACUGAUAAGGGCACGUUUGUCACGGCAUAUAAGGCAUUUUUAUCUGGUUGCACACGUCUUGGUCCCUUCCUAGGAAAUAUUGAUGCCGGAUUUGCAAAAAACCAUGCGGACAUUUUGAAAGCGAUGGGUGUCCGGUCUAAGCCAGGAGUGAAGGACAUCCUUGAUGUUCAGGCUCAAAUUGAACAGUCAGGUUAUCCUUACAAAGAUUCCGACAUUGAAGUUCUGUUGGAAACUAUGACGAUUGCCAGUAGAUUUCCUAGAACAUCUUUGCGAGGCUUGAAAGUACUGGAUCGAGAUAGUGUUCUCUGCCCAGUGGAGGAUAUAGCUUAUGACGAUGCGGCGCUGUUAUCUGAUAGAAUUGUCAAUAAAGUCAGAUUUACCAAUUCGCGAAUCUCUAAACAGACAGCAGACAUGUUGCGUAUAGAGCCAAUUAGUGAGCGAAUGAAGAAAGGAGUACUGCAACUGGCCGAUGAUGAUGACGAUGAGGAGGACUUCCAUCAGUGCGAGGCUAUUACUACAAGCAUAUCCACUACUUUGGACCGAUAUCCUAUCGAAAGUACUUUCAAAGAAUAUCUGGCAAAUGCAGAUGAUGCCAAAGCGUCAGCAGUCCACUGGAUGUUGGAUUCUAGACACCACUCAACUGAUAAUCUGCUUACCGAGGAAAUGAAAGAUCUUCAAGGGCCCGCUCUGCUAGUUCAUAAUGAUGCAGUAUUUCGGGAUAUCGACUUCAACGGAUUCAAAAACGUCGGUCUCGGCAGCAAACGAGAAGACAAAUCAAGUAUCGGCAUGUUUGGUCGGGGAAGUCAGACAAUGUUUCACUUUACAGAUAACCCAUGUCUGCUGUCUGGUGACUACUUGUUGAUUCUUGAUCCCUUACAGACAUGUCUUCCUUUCAACAGCAAUUGGCAGGCACGGAAGCCGGGAGUGAAGAUAUUACUCUCUAAGCUCAAGCAACUCCAUCCAAAUCAAUUGGUUCCGUUCCAGAAUUUAUGGGGCUAUGACGCCGACUCUGAUCACUAUGAUGGCACAAUCUUUCGUUUUCCAUUAAGAAAACAUGCAUCACCUUUGAGAGAAAAGCAAGAACUUCCAACGAUUAAUACAGUUCAUUUGCUCUUGAAUCUAUAUUUUAAAGAAGCUCGGAUUUCUCUGCUCUUUUUGAAAGGAGUUGAAAAGCUCACUUUCAAGGGACCUGAUUCAGAAGAACUCUCUUGGUCGGUGAAGAAAAAGAAGUCUACAUCUGACUACACAGUCUUUUUUGCCAAACAGAUGAUGGGUCCGGACCUCAUUGCAAUUGAAGACAAGUGGUGGAUUUAUUCAAAGAUGGAGGAGACACCUAGCGGUGAAUAUCAAUCCAGACUUAGGAAAAAUUUAGAAUACGGCAUUGCAGCAUUGGUUCUAUCGGAAAGUAACCGAGAAACGGGCAGUCAAAACACACCUACGCCAAAGAUAUUCAGUACUCUUCCUUUACCUGAAGCAUCGGAUCUGCCAGUCCAUAUACAUGCUACCUUUUCUCUGUCCGGUGAUAGGAAUACGCUCAUCACUGGGGGUGAAUCAUCUGAGGCCGGUGGAUCGAAAUGGAAUGCGUGGCUGUUGGAAGAGAAGCUGGCAGAUGCCUACUUUGCAUUUCUGGAAGGUUUGGCCCAAGAAAUUGGCACAGAUGUAUUUCGAUUCUGGCCACACAGAUAUCCGCGAAAAGAGAGCCGUUUGGAAUUGCUAUGCAAAUCGUUCUGGGAGAAACUUCCGAACAGUUCAGCGAGACUAUUUCCUCGACGCGUUGCAAAUUCUGAUGCAACCAAUAUGACCAUUUCUGAAACGGUCUUUGAUUUCAUGCAGCCAACGUUUUCGAAGCAAAUUGCUCCGGUAUUGCAAAUUCUGCAACCAAAUCUUUCGCCAUAUUUCCCUGCUCACAUAUUUUUCAAUAUUCAAUCGACAAAUGUUGCUAAGUCUAUAGAUCGUCCCGAGUUACGUAAAAUCUUCAAGUCCAAGAGAGCGAGUAAGUGUCUUCAGGAGGCGAUGAUUGAUGACCCUCUCUUGAUCAGUAACGUAUUGAAUGAAGCAAUUCCUGUGGGAGAGUGUUCUACAGACGAGUUAGAGCAGUUAGAUGGAUGCAGAUUGCUACCUCUCGCGGAUGGAACAUUGGGACAGCUAACGCGGAUCCAGUCACCACUGUUUCCGAAUAUUCCAUCUUAUUACGUCGUUACAAAGUCAGAAUUGAAACUUUUUGACUUCGCCAAGAGCCUUCUUGUAUUGAAACCCCAGAAUGAUUCAUGCGACCGCAUAGGUCGAAUCGUCAAAACAAAGAAGUUCAAUGUCGUGGACCUGGCAUUAUCCCAUGUCCCGGAACUCCUGUCCAUCAAAUCUCAAGGUUCUAGAGUUGCAAAUGAGGAGACGGAUAAGUGGCUGAAAUCCUUCUGGGACUAUUGGAAUAAGUCUUCCUCGUCUGCCACUGAACUUUUAUCCACAAAACCGGAAAGCUUUCGCUCUCUGCCAUUGUUCAAAGCAACUUGUAACGGGGUCUGGGAAUACUAUACUAUAUCCGAGUUGGGGAAUCUGCCUGCUAUAAUUGAUCCAUUGGAUGUAUCGCAUAAACAGUUGUGUGGUUGUAUUCCCGGUCUCUAUAAAUUCCGACCAGAAUUCAUGCCUAAGUCCACUGCCGUUGCUGAGAUGUCUCUUAUCAAUCAAAAGGCUUUUGGGAGAUUCAUCGAUGCUCUACGUAUCCUGGGUCCAGACAAAGCCUCGAUCAAAACAUUGUUCACCCAAUUGGCGACUCGACAAGCUUCCAUUGAAUCAAACCAGGUAGAUCUUAUCAAGCUACUUCGAGAACUCGUCAUAGAGCAUGUAAACGCUGGUAACAAGUCCGCCCUCGACUACUUGAUCCUGUUGCCGAUUUGGCCUGCGUACAUGCCUUUGAGCCCAAGCGAAAAAUACAUCCCAGCAUCAGGUGCAAUGUAUACCAAGCAACCUCAGCUUUUGGCACCAUGGAGCAAAACGCUUCCAGAUUUCAUUGACUUCGAAGCUAUAGGCUACAGCGGAGCUGAAAGAUGCCUACUGGCACUGAAAGUUAUCUCUAUUACAGCUGAAAAGUUAAUUCAGAGUUUUGGAGCAAGGGAUUUCCCAUCUGCUCUACAGGCAACAGAUGAAGGUGUCUAUACACAAUUCCUCAGUACUUUGGCUGGAAUUGUAUCCAUAGGUAAACGAGAUUCUUCUUUAAUCAAAACGUUAUCUUCCUUAACCCUUGCGGCGGAUAUGACUGGUAAAAUGCACCAACCCCAUGAGCUUUUCGAUCACAAUGAUGAAAUCUUCAAGGCUGCAUUCCAGGAUAACAACAAAUAUUUCCUCCAUGAUUGUGUCAAGGCAAAGGAAUAUGACUCGCUAUGGUUCAAUACUGGCCUUCGUCGACGAGGAAGCAAUGGCUGCUUCAAGAUUCACGACUACAUGGAAUGCCUGCGAUUUUUGGAGCUUUUGAUUCAAUCUAGUGACUACGGAACACUAGUCAGUCCGAUUUCCACCUUGAACAAGAGAAUGAAGACAAUACUGUUGCCACUGAUCGCUCCAAGUUCCGCCACUCAUCAAUUUGACCACCAUGAUUGGAAAUGUCUUGCAGCCAAGUCGGUUUUCUUAGUCCGAAAAGAUAAUUCUCGCGAACCGUCAUAUCGACAAGAAAACAUGAACAGAAUUUCGGAACGCAGCGCAGCAAUACCACUAGCUGAGGUCAUUCUUCACAAAUAUGCUGCUAUUUGCUGGAGUAAUACACCAUUUGUGGUCCUCGAACCGACUUCCGAGAUUUUGAGCAGGGUGCCAAGACACGGGGAACCAUUUAUGAUCGAGGUCUGGAAACACCUUGAACACAUGGUAGAGAUAUCAAAGACCAUCUCACUUGCAGAUAUCCCCAAUUUUCUAUCAGAUCUUUACGAAAUAUACGAUUACCUUCAGAGCCAUCUCGUGCGCAGCAAGGAGUACUUCGAUUCAUUUGCUCGCAGCUUGAAUCGAACCAAACUCUGGCUUAAUCUGGAGACUACAGACCCGAUGAGCGUUACUUACAAAGAUUUGCAAUCUUCAUGGAAGCCGCUUGAACAUCUCUUGCUCAUCAGCUCCACUGAUGCACCCCCAUAUGAGUGCAUUCGGCCACGUCUGAGCCCUUACGAAAAAUUGUUGAGAGAACUUGGCUGCAAGUCAAUCCACCACCCUACCGUCGAGUUGCCAGCUUCCAAAUCUGCGCAAUCACUUCUCAGUGGUCUUCGUAGCUGUCGAAAAGGAAACAAGAUGACAGAUAUCAUUUUCGUCGCAGAGAACAUUCGCUUUCACGCACACAGAAUCGUUCUGGCAUGUGCAUCCAGCUAUUGUGAGGCAAGUCUCUCCGGUCGUUGGCCUAUUGAUCAAGAAAUCACAUUGGAUAUGUCCGCCCACUCCCUCCGCAUCUUGAUCGACACGGCGUACGAGGAACCAAUCGACUGGGCGGAGAUGACCGUCGACCCAGAGGAAUCCUCUCAAGAUCUUGAAGCCAAUGACAAGAAAUUGGAUCUACUACUAGAUUUACAUAAAGGUGCUGAUUACUGGCUUAUGCCAUCAUUAGCAAACCAAGUAGAAAUAAAGAUUCUGGAACAGUCAAGGCUGUUUAUAAGAUUGGACAAUGUGGGCGGUUAUCAGGCGACCGCGGCGGAAUCAAAUGCGAGAGUUUUUGAGAGAGUUUGUAGAAGAUUCUGUGAGGAAAACGAGGUGGCGCUGAGGGGAUGGGAGAAUGCGGUUGCUUUGCAGAUCAUGGAGGAUGACGCUUCGUGA